AUGAAUCAGACGCAGUGUCAUGGACUGGACUGGUCUACCACUGGGGUGCAAGACAACUCGGUCAUGCGUUCACCAUCCUCUUCAACCUCACCUUCAAAUGCUUCGUGGGAAGGCUGCUCUUCGCGUCAGAUGCUCUUGAACUCGUUCGACAGCCAGGCACCUAGUCCAAUCUCUCCCGUUCAACAAUCCUCGACUUCUCGCCCGGGCGGAAGCUCCAGCCGACUGAAGCGGCGAGCGUCCCAGGGAUCCCUCAUCACUAAACCCUCAACCGUGUCCCGUUUCUUGAACAGAGGCAACAUAUCGUUGAGCCUUCCUCCAUUUGAGAAACUCGGCCUCUCUUCGAAACCCUCCAGCCGCAUCGAGUCCCGUACACAUUCCGUUGAAGCCCGUCUUCGCCUCUCUACAACUUCUGCGUCGAGCUCUCAAGCAACUCAAUCAUCCCUGUCUACUCCGGCUACGUGGAGCGCGUCGCCCAAGGACUGUUCUCAAAGCGACUACCCCGCGGCCCUUCCACCAACGCCUCCCGAGGACGACGAGCACGUAUUGUGGAACACUCGAUCUAACAUGUUGUUGUUCGAUUCCCAAUUGAAUCAGAAUCCGGGGCCGAUGCCCAUGGAUGAAGGCCCGAAUAUAAGUAACUCCCCGGGAGGAGCCGCUUCGGUUGGUCUGCGGAGCCCGUCGGACGGACUGUCGAAUGCCUCGCCUUCCAGUUCAGAUGAAAGCCACAACUCCCCGGUAGGAGAUAUGGAUUGCGAUCAUGAUUCAUGGCUGGAGAAUUCCAUCGAAUCGACUGUAUCAUCGCUGCCCUUUUCGAAUGCCCGCGGAGAACCCGUCAAGCUCGUCUCUCAAACGCUUCCCUACCCAUACUCAGCGGAAAAACCUACGCCGCAUCGCACUCACGAAGGAGUCUUUUCCUCUCUCGUUCAAGUAAUCCAAAACCACCUCCGUCAAGGACAAUCCCCUUAUAUCAAUGUCACACACGCAGUCCCUGAGCAAUUCAGUCUCACAAACCUUCCUACCUCACCCCCGGGGUCGCCGCGCUGUAUGCUUCCCAACAAUGACUACUUCAACUGCACCGUCUUUUCUAGCGCAGCCGUGGUCUCCGCGUACCACGACUUUCGAGGCCCCAUUCAGAUGAAGGCCCCACAACACUUUCCAAUGCCAAUCGUUCCGCCUCAGUCGGUACACAUCUCGGUCCUGGAGCGCUACAUCCCACCUUCAUCGGCCCAGGAAUACAAUGAUCUCUUCUCCCCAUCCCGACCAUCUUUCCUGGUAGAUCGUCUCUCGGAACUUUCUCCGGAUGGCGGCUCCCUCCUGUUCAUUUACCCUACGAGAAGGGGUGGCUCGGCCUUCAAAUCUCAGUACCUCGGACCGAUCCUGGAUCCUCUGCUUCGUCAGCUCGUUGUGGUCAACGAGCUCUCCGCCGAUAUUGGUCGAUACUUGGGCAAGUUGUCUUCAGUCUCUCAGAUGGAGGACUUUGACACCCUCAAGCACAAUCUUUCCUCGUUAUGUCGUGCUUUGAGCUCUUCUUCCUCCCAAUUCAGCAUUGUUGAUGCUCGAAAGGGCAGUGCCUACCUUGAUCGCAAUCUCUGGACGGAGUGGUACAUCCACCAAGAGAAGGCUCGCAUGAAAGAAGUACUCAGCCUUUACUGGCAGAAUGGUCGUCGCCUGCCGACACACAAGGCGACGUCCAAUAUCGCAAAUCCCUAUAUCCUGGCUGCGGACAAGGAAGUGACCUCGGCCAUGUUACUGGGCGAGAUUAUUGACGGGAUCCGCAGACGGCCCUACGAGAGUGAGCCUCGAGAUGGGAUUGAACUCGGAGUGUUCGUCAUCCGUCGCUCACACUAG